AUGGCGUCCUCCUUCACUAGAAUGAUGUCUGGCCGUAACACGGCCAUGCUGUUGGCUAGCCUGGGAGCAGGCACCAUGGCAACCUGCUACCUGAUGACCGACAGCAACAUCCUGUCCGCUGAGGAGAGGAGGAAGCUCUACCCACCCAGGUAGAACUACAAAACAACAUGGCCUCUAAUGGACUGUGGACUACAAAUAGCUUGUCCGUAUACAGACGACCUACAGAGGUUGGAGAAAUAAUUUGGAGUACAGGAGUUGGGCCUGGGAUAGCUGCACCUGUUGAAUAGGAAAAAACCUGAAUCUUACACCCAGUGUGCAGUCAGUCUGAAAUGUAAGUCAAAGGUAGAGGGGUGGGGCAAGGAAUUAAACCUAAGAGGUUUAGUAGAUACAAGUUUAGUAGAUACAAGUUUAGUAGAUACCUCCUCUGCCCUUUCUUACAUUCACAUAUAGUACACCCCCCCCCCCCCCUUCCCCCCACCCACCCACCCACCCAAGAGACCAGAUCAGGAACUAAGCCUUGAGCCACAGAUUAGACAGAUCACCAACACUCUAAAAUAACUUCCUCUACUUGUCUCAAUCAAUCAAGCGACCACAGUCAAUCAAUCAAUAUGUACCUGUCCAAAAAGAAUGCAUCCACAUCACAUCCAAAACAGCAGUCUAUAAGCUGUCCUCUUGGCCAGGACUGUGUCCAUAAUUACACCCUAUUUGAAAUGUAAUUUAUAGUGCACAGCUUUUGAUCUAUUCAUCUCUAUGGUUUGAAUGAAAACUACUUCUCCCAUCAUCCCCAGCGCUGACUUCCCUGACCUGAGGAGGCACAACAACUGCAUGGCGCAUGCCCUGACCCCUGCUAUCUACGGCAAGCUGAGAGACCAGGUGACCCCUAACAACUGGACCCUGGACCAGUGCAUCCAGACCGGAGUGGACAACCCUGGCCACCCCUUCAUCAAAACUGUCGGCAUGGUGGCUGGGGAUGAGGAGAGCUACAAGGUACAUGUGGGAGGGUGUGUAUGUCUUUCUAUCUAUCUGAAGGAGGUCUGUUAACAGUCCAUCCUGUACUCUCCAGGUGUUCGCCGACCUCUUUGACCCCGUCAUUAAAGACAGACACAAUGGCUACGACCCCAAGACAAUGAAACACCCCACUGAUCUGGACGCAUCCAAAGUAACUCUCACACACACAUACACACACACAGUAUAGUUCAUCAUUCUCAGAUGUAUUAACAAUAACUGUCCCUCUCCCUCCUCAGAUCACUAACGGUAUGUUUGAUGAGAAAUACGUUCUGUCGUCUCGCGUGCGUACUGGCCGUAGUAUCCGCGGUCUGAGCCUGCCCCCCUGCUGCUCCCGCUCGGAGCGCCGUGAGGUGGAGCGUGUUACCGUGCAGGCCCUGGCCGGCCUGAAGGGUGACCUGGCUGGACGCUACUACAGCCUGGGAGACAUGACCGAGAAGGAGCAGCAGCAGCUUAUUGAUGUGAGACACUCACAGAGGACUGCUAUCUAUCUAUCUAUCUAUCUAUCUACAUUUACAUUUACAUUUACGUCAUUUAGCAGACACUCUUAUCCAGAGCGACUUACAAAUUGGUGCAUUCACCUUAUAGCCAGUGGGAUAACCACUUUACAAUAUGUAUUUUUAUUUAUUUUUGGGGGGUGGGGUAAGGGGGGGUAGAAGGAUUACUUUAUCCUAUCCCAGGUAUUCCUUAAAGAGGUGGGGUUUCAAAUGUCUCCGGAAGGUUGUGAGUGACUCCGCUGUCCUGGCAUCGUGAGGGAGCUUGUUCCACCAUUGGGGUGCCAGAGCAGCGAACAGUUUUGACUGGGCUGAGCGGGAACUGUGCUUCCGCAGAGGUAGGGGGGCCAGCAGGCCAGAGGUGGAUGAACGCAAUGCCCUCGUUUGGGUGUAGGGACUGAUCAGAGCCUGAAGGUACGGAGGUGCCGUUCCCCUCACAGCUCCGUAGGCAAGCACCAUGGUCUUGUAGCAGAUGCAAGCUUCAACUGGAAGCCAGUGGAGUGUGUGGAGGAGCGGGGUGACGUGAGAGAACUUGGGAAGGUUGAACACCAGACGGGGUGCGUCAUUCUGGAUGAGUUGUAGGGGUUUAAUGGCACAGGCAGGGAGCCCAGCCAACAGCGAGUUGCAGUAAUCCAGACGGGAGAUGACAAGUGCCUGGAUUAGGACUUGUGCCGCUUCCUGUGUAAGGCAGGGUCGUACUCUCCGAAUGUUGUAGAGCAUGAACCUACAGGAUCGGGUCACCGCCUUGAUGUUAGCGGAGAACGACAGGGUGUUGUCCAGGGUCACGCCAAGGCUCUUCGCACUCUGGGAGGAGGACACAACAGAGUUGUCAACCGUGAUGGCGAGAUCAUGGAACGGGCAGUCCUUCCCCGGGAGGAAGAGCAGCUCCGUCUUGCCGAGGUUCAGCUUGAGGUGGUGAUCCGUCAUCCACACUGAUAUGUCUGCCAGACAUGGAGAGAUGCAAUUCGCCACCUGGUUAUCAGAAGGGGAAAGGAGAAGAUUAGUUGUGUGUUGUCUGCGUAGCAAUGAUAGGAGAGGCCAUGUGAGGAUAUGACAGAGCCAAGUGACUUGGUGUAUAGCGAGAAUAGGAGAGGGCCUAGAACUGAGCCCUGGGGGACACCAGUGGUGAGAGCACGUGGUGCGGAGACAGAUUCUCGCCACGCCACUUGGUAGGAGCGACCGGUCAGGUAGGACGCAAUCCAAGAGUGAACCGCGCCGGAGAUGCCCAGCUCGGAGAGGGUGGAGAGGAGGAUCUGAUGGUUCACAGUAUCAAAGGCAGCAGACAGGUCUAGAAGGACAAGAGCAGAGGAGAGAGAGUUAGCUUUAGCAGUGUGGAGAGCCUCCGUGACACAGAGAAGAGCAGUCUGCUCAAGACCAGUCUUGAAACCUGACUGGUUUGGAUCAAGAAGGUCAUUCUGAGAGAGAUAGCAAGAGAGUUGGCUAAAGACGGCACGCUCAAGAGUUUUGGAGAGAAAAGAAAGAAGGGAUACUGGUCUGUAGUUGUUGACAUCAGAGGGAUCGAGUGUUGGUUUUUUGAGAAGGGGUGCAACUCUCGCUCUCUUGAAGACGGAAGGGACAUAGCCAGCGGUCAAGGAUGAGUUGAUGAGCGAGGUGAGGUAAGGGAGAAGGUCACCGGAGAUGGUCUGGAGAAGAGAGGAGGGGAUAGGGUCAAGCGGGCAGGUUGUUGGGCGGCCGGCCGUCACAAGUCGCAAGAUUUUAUCUGGAGAGAGAUAUCUAUCUACAGUGCCCUCCACAAUUAUUGGCACCCCUGUUUAAGAUGUGGUCGAGGACUUCCAAAAAUUCUCCUUUUUUUUUUAACAACAUAGAACCCAAAUGCAAAAAAAGAGAAAAAUCCAACCUUUUAUUUAAGUACAUUACUUUGGUGUAAAAAAAAAAAUCACACAUUUAGAAAAAAAAAAACUUGAAAUCAUGUGUCCCACAAUUAUUGGCACCCCUAAUGUUAAUACUUUGUACAACCCCCUUUUGCCAACAAGACAGCACUUAAUCUCCUCCUAUAACAUUUCACAAGAUUGGAGAACACAGAGAGAGGGAUCUUUGACCAUUCUUCUUUGCACAAUCUUUCUAGAUCAUCCAGUGUCCUGGGUCCUCUCUUAUGCACUCUCCUCUUUAGCUCGCCCCACAGGUUUUCGAUUGGGUUGAGGUCUGGGGACUGAGAUGGCCAUGGGAGGACCUUGAGUUUGUGACUGCUGAACCAUUUUUGUGUAGAUUUUGCCACAUGUUUUGGAUCAUUAUCCUGCUGAAAGACCCAAUGACGACCCAUGUUCAGCUUUCUGGCAGAGGCCAUCAGGUUUUUAUUUAAAAUGUCCUGGUAGUUCAAAGCGUUCAUAAUGUCAUCCACCCUAACAAGGUUCCCAGGGCCUUUGGAAGAGAAACAGGCCCACAGCAUCACAGAUCCUCCACCAUACUUCACGGUGGGCAUGAGGUGCUUUUCGGCAUACUCAUCUUUUGUUUUACGCCUGACCCACUUAGAGUGUUUGUUGCCAAAAAGCUCAAUCUUAGUCUCAUCUGACCAAAGCACACGAUCCCAGUUGAAGUCCCAGUGCCGCUUAGCAAACUCCAGACGUUUACGUUUGUGAGUGUUAGUGAGAAAAGGCUUUUUCCUUGCAUGCCUCCCAAACAGCUUGUUGGCAUGUAGAGAGUGUCUGAUGGUUGUUUUGGAGACUUUGUGACCCCAAGAUGCCACUCUUUGAUGCAAUUCUGUGACAGUGAGCUUAGGACUUUUUUUUACUUCUCUUACCAUCCUCCUCACUGUGCGUUGUGGCAAGAUAAACUUGGGACCUCUUCCAGCCUUGUUUGUCACUGUUCCAGUUGUUUUAAACUUCUUAAUGAUUCCUCUGACUGUAGAUACGGGCAAGUUAAGGCGAGUGGCUAUUUUCUUGUAGCCAUUGCCUGACUUAUGAAGGUCGACACAAAUCUGCCUUACUUGAAUGGUGUGUUCUCUUGUCUUUGCCAUGUUGACAAAUGGGUAAGAGAAUUAGGCCUCUGUGUCACGUCAUAUUUAUACCCCAGGGAAACAGGAAGUCAUGAAUUACUAAUUAAAAGUUCCUAGAUACCCUGACCAACUUUAGCAACUACAGAAAAAUAUAUUUAAAAAAAAAUCAAUUAAAAUUUUCAGCGGAAUUGUUAGGGGUGCCAAUAAUUGUGGGACAUAUGAUUUCAAGUUUUUUUUUUUCAAAAUGUGUGAUUUUUUUUUACCACCAAAGUAAUGUACUUAAAUAAAAGGUUGGAUUUUUCUCUUUUUUUGCAUUUGGGUUCUAUGUUGUUUUUAAAAAAAUGAGAAUUUUUGGAAGUCCUCGACCACAUCUUAAACAGGGGUGCCAAUAAUAGUGGAGGGCACUGUAUCUAUCUAUCUAUCUAUCUAUCUAUCUAUCUAUCUAUCUAUCUAUCUAUCUAUCUAUCUAUCUAUCUAUCUAUCUAUCUAUCUAUCUAUCUAUCUAUCUAUCUAUCUAUCUAUCUAUCUAUCUAUCUAUCUAUCUAUCUAUCUAUCUAUCUAUCUAUCUAUCUAUCUAUCUAUCUAUCUAUCUAUCUAUCUGUCUGUCUGUCUGUCUGUCUGUCUGUCUGUCUGUCUGUCUGUCUGUCUGUCUGUCUGUCUGUCUGUCUGUCUGUCUGUCUGUCUGUCUGUCUGUCUGUCUGUCUGUCUAUCUAUCUAUCUAUCUAUCUAUGUCUAUCUAUCUAUGUCUAUCUGUCUGUCAAUCUCUCUGUACCCCCCUCUCCUUUCCCAUUUGUCUCUCUCUGUAUCCAAAACGCACAUAACUACAUGUUUUUUUGUAAUCUGACUACAUACAGGAUUCCUCUUAUCCAUGAUAUUGUCUAUUUGUAUUACCAUGUUAAUGGCAGGUAUUGUUGUGAAGAUUGAAACAGUGCAACUGGAACCUGAACUGUAGUAACAGCAUUGUCACAUCAGUUUUAUUUGACCUGACUCAUCUGAAGACAUGGUUCUCGAUUGCACUAAUUUAUCUUAAUUCCCCAUUGGUAGGCCAACCAAUUAUUUCAGGAAAGUUUAGCAGAGUUUUAGUUACCAAGUUAAUCCACUCAGUCUGACACAUUGGGAUGACAUCAUAUUGCUUUUAAUCCUAACGGCUACAAUGUGGAAUAGAAAUAUAGGUAAUCUUUUGUGGCCAGCCCACAGAUGGCUGUUGGGAUUUGGGAGAGACUAGUGUUGACCUUCAACCCUCAGUCUCAUUGACCUUUGCCCUCUCACCCUCACGUUGCCUCAGGAGCACUUCCUGUUCGACAAGCCCGUCUCUCCUCUGCUGACAUCUGCCUUCAUGGCCCGUGACUGGCCUGAUGCCAGGGGCAUCUGGUAAGACCAGAGCAGUAGAGAGCCGAACCCUGUCCCCAAAACUACAGUACCUGUAGAGGCCUAGUACUAUCAAUCUGGUAAGGCCAGAGCAGUAGAGACCCAAACCCUGUCCCUGUAGAUUUAAAAGCCAUUAAGACUAUCUUGUAUUAUAAUAGCUGUAGAGAUAGUACUGUAUCUGAAUAGGGUAAUCUGGUGAGACCAAAGGAGUAGAGAGCAGAACUAUGCUCCCAUAACAUUAUGGGUAUUUGGGGAAGGUCUCUUCCUCUCACUCCUCUUCCUCCUCCCCAAAGUAUAAUUACCUCUAUGCAGUUGUAGCCCUGUCUUCCCCUUUCCUUGACCACUACCUUCUCCUCCUCCACCUCCUCCCUCCUCUCCCUCCUCUUCUCCGUAGGACCACUUCCUGUUUGACAAGCCUGUCUCCCCCUUGUUGACGUGUGCCUUCAUGGCCCGUGAUUGGCCUGAUGCCAGGGGCCUCUGGUAGGGUCUACAAGGCUCUUACUAGCAGAAGCCUCUAACCAGCAUGUGUGUGCUGUGAUCAUAGACAUUGAUAUAAUCAGUGCAAUCAACAAAUGUUUCUGGAUUCUUAGGAAUGUGUUCUUUCUUCCAGGCACAACAAUGAGAAGACCUUCCUGAUCUGGGUCAAUGAGGAGGACCACACUAGGGUCAUCUCCAUGGAGAAGGGAGGAAACAUGAAAAGAGUGUUUGAGAGGUUCUGCAGAGGACUCCAACAGGUACUUUACAUGUUACAUCUUAGUGAUUUAGUGAUGCUCGUCUCCACUCAACCUAAAAGGCAGUUCUGCAUUUUUGCAUGAGUGUACAUGCUUGCAAAAUGGACAUACAGUUGAAGUCAGAAGUUUACAUACACUUAAGUUGGAGUCAUUAAAACUAGUUUUUCAACCACUCCACACAUUUCUUGUUAACAAACUAUAGUUUUGGCAAGUCGGUUAGGACUACUUUGUGCAUGACACAAGUAAUUUUUCCAACAAUUGUUUACAGACAUAUUAUUUCACUUAUAAUUCACUGUAUCACAAUUCCAGUGGGUCAGAAGUUUACAUACACUAAGUUGACUGUGCCUUUAAACAGCUUGGAAAUUCCAGAAAAGGAUGUCAUGGCUUUAGAAGCUUCUGAUAGGCUAAUUGACAUAAUUUGAGUCAAUUGGAGGUGUACCUGUGGAUGUAUUUCAAGGCCUACCUUCAAACUCAGUGCCUCUUUGCAUGACAUCAUGGGAAAAUCCAAAGAAAUCAGCCAAGACCUCAGAAAAAGAAUUGUAGACCUCCACAAGUCUGGUUCAUCCUUGGGAGGAAUUUCCAAACGCCUGAAGGUACCACGUUCAUCUGUACAAACAAUAGUACGCAAGCAUAAACACCAUGGGACCACGCAGCCGUCAUACCGCUCAGGAAAGAGACGCGUUCUGUCUCCUAGAGAUGAACGUACUUUGGUGCGAAAAGUGCAAAUCAAUCCCUGAACAACAGCAAAGGACCUUGUGAAGAUGCUGGAGGAAAUAGGUACAAAAGUAUCUAUAUCCACAGUAAAACGAGUUCUAUAUCGACAUAACCUGAAAGGCUGCUCAGCAAGGGAGAAGCCACUGCUCCAAAACCGCCAUAAAAAAGCCAGACUACGGUUUGCAACUGCACAUGGGGACAAAGAUCGUACUUUUUGGAGAAAUGUCCUCUGGUCUGAUGAAACAAAAAUAGAACUGUUUGGCCAUAAUGACCAUCGUUAUGUUUGGAGGAAAAAGGGGGCCCUUGCAAGCCGAGGAACACCAUCCCAACCGUGAAGAACGGGGGUGGCAGCAUCAUGCUGUGGGGUUGCUUUGCUGCAGGAGGGACUGGUGCACUUCACAAAAUAGAUGGCAUCAUGAGGAAGGAAAAUGAUGUGGCUAUAUUGAAGCAACAUCUUAAGACAUCAGUCAGGAUGUUAAAGCUUGGUCGCAAAUGGGUCUUCCAAAUGGACAACGACCCCAAGCAUACUUCCAAAAUUGUGGCAAAAUGGCUUAAGGACAACAAAGUCAAGGUAUUGGAGUGGCCAUCACAAAGCCCUGACCUCAAUCCUAUAGAACAUUUGUGGGCAGAACUGAAAAAGCGUGUGUGAGCAAGGUGGCCUACAAACCUGACUCAGUUACACCAUCUCUGUCAGGAGGAAUGGGCCAAAAUUCACCCAACUUAUUGUGGGAAGCUUGUGGAAGGCUACCCGAAACGUUUGACCCAAGUUAAACAAUUUAAAGGCAAUGCUACCAAAUACUAAUUGAGUGUAUGUAAACUUCUGACCCACUGGGAAUGUGAUGAAAGAAAUAAAAGCUUAAAUAAAUCAUUCUCUCUACUAUUAUUCUGACAUUUCACAUUCUUAAAAUAAAGUGGUGAUCCUAACUGACCUAAGACAGGGAAUUUUUACUAGGAUGAAAUGUCAGGAAUUGUGAAAAACUGAGUUUAAAUGUAUUUGGCUAAGGUGUAUGUAAGCUUCCGACUUCAACUGUAUACAGCAUAUUAUAAGUGUCCUUCCAUCCACUAGGUGGAGAAGCUGAUCCAGGAGAGAGGCUGGGAGUUCAUGUGGAACGAGCACCUGGGUUACAUCCUGACCUGCCCCUCCAACCUGGGCACUGGACUCAGGGCUGGAGUACACGUCAGACUGCCCAAACUCAGCAAGGUACACACACAAUCGCUCUCUCUCUCUUGCCUAAUGUUUUUACUUGAAUUGUCCCUGUGUAUUGACACCUCCUUCCCAAGACAGAGCAUUGAUUAAAGUUCUGUACUUACCCUGCAGGACCCCCGCUUCGGUAAGAUCCUGGACAACAUGCGUCUGCAGAAGAGAGGGACAGGCGGAGUCGACUCGGCCACAACUGGAGACACCUUCGACAUCUCCAACAACGACCGUCUGGGAAAAUCAGAGGUAAAACUAAAACUGCUAUUCUAUGAAUGAAUGACUGAAACUAACUCUCAAACUAACUCUAUCUGGACCUCACCUUGACUGCUAAUAACUAUGUAUCUGUGUGUGUGUAUAGGUGGAGCUGGUUCAGUUGCUGGUUGAUGGAGUCAACUAUCUGAUCGACUGUGAGAAGAGGCUGGAAAGGGGCCAGGACAUCAAGGUCCCCUCCCCCAUCGCCCAGUUCAGG